AUGUGGAUUUUUUUGUGUUUCCAUUGUCAGGGAAGUAGGAAAAUAGAAGCACUGUCAGUUGCAAAACGUGGAUUAUAUCAAUUUUAUCUUCAUGAAACUCUGAAGAACGAUGAAUUUGCUAAUUUACCAAACUUAAGGUUCUUUCGAGGGUAUGAGGUUUCCCUUGUUGGAGACUUCAAUAAUCUUCUCACCAGUUUAAGAUGGCUUUAUUGGCGAUAUUGCCCUUCCAAGUUUGAGGCAACAAACUUUCAUCCGACUAAUUUAGUCGUUCUUGAGCUUUCAUGGGGCCAUAUUUCGGAGGAAUGGAUUGGCUGGGACCAAAUCAGAGAGGCCAGAAAACUAAAAGUACUAGAUCUCAGCUAUUGUAAAUACUUACAGAGAACACCUGAUUUAUCUACGUGGGUGUAUUUAGAGAGAUUGGUUCUUAAAGGUUGUGGCAACUUAAUUGAAAUUGACCCAUCCAUUGGUAAAUUAAAGCGCCUUACUGUUUUGAACUUGGAUGGAUGUAACUUUCUUCGAGAGUUGCCCGAAGAAAUAGGUUGUCUACAAGCUUUGACAGAGAUUGUCAUGCCUAAUACGCUACAUAAACUUCCGGAGACGUUUGGUAAUUUGCAGUCAUUGUUGACCUUCGAUGUACCAAAUAGGCAAAUCAACAAAUUGCCAUACUCGAUUGGAGGGCUGGUGAAAAUUAGGCAGUUGAAUUUAUCUGGGUGUACAUACAUAAAGGAACUUCCAGAUUCGGUUGGGAAAUUACAAUCAUUAGUCGAGUUGGAUUUGUCAUCGACAAGUAUUGGUCACCUACCCGAUUCAAUCGGCAAUCUAAAGCAACUGAAGGUACUAAGGAUGAGAAGCAUAGGAGGGAUAACAAAAUUGCCAAGUGCGAUUGGGCUGGUGGAGAAGCUCGAAGAGUUGGAUGCUCAAGGAUGUUGCAGCUUGACCGGCGAAAUCUCCAAAGAAAUUGGGAGACUGUCCCGUUUGAGGAUCCUAGACUUGUCAAACACACGUAUAUCCGGAUUACCCACCACAGUGAGUCACCUCUCUAAUCUCCAAAUACUUAAGCUAGAAAAAUGUCCCGAGCUGAAACAAUUGCCGGAGCUUCCCCCAAGUUUGACUUGGCUGAUAUGGAUCCCUUUUUAUAGCCUGUUUUACCAAUCGAGAAUUGGUGCCCUAUCUCAACAGGGAACACUUGUCAACACUCUUCCCACUAGCAUCGGUACCCUAUCUCAGCUUAAAAUACUAUCAUUGUCCUGCAAAUACGUGCAAUUCCUCCCCCGGCUCCCGUCUAGUUUAAGAGAGUUACGACUUCAAGAGCUGGCCACCACACAAUCACCUGAUUUUUCCAAUUUGAAAAACUUGUCAAUCUUGACAUUCUAUCAAUGUUCGCUAAAACUCUCGAGUGUAUUUGAUGCGGAGUCGGAGGAACUCCGUGUGGAGCUCUGUAAGCUUAUAAAACUGGACUCACCGUUGCAGCCGGAAAUGAAAAGAUUGAGAUUAUUAGUGAUGGAUAGAUGUGAGUUCCUUCCAGAAGUACUUGAUCUGUCGCGCAUGAAGAAUCUAUACAAGGCAAGUCUGACACUUUGCCGUUCAUUAGUCGAGAUUCGUGGCCUUGAAGAAUUGGGAUCCCUUCGCUCCUUAUUAGUCGUCGGUUGUUCCUCCCUAGAGAGGAUGUCAGACCUAUCGAAAUUGAAAGAGCUACGUGAGCUCAUGGUAAAAUAUUGUCGUAAUCUAAAAUGAGUGCAAGGUCUAAACCACUUGGGGCCUUUAAAGGAGCGGAGAAUCUAUGGUGAUGGAGAGUUUCGGGGGUGAUACCUCAAACGCUGCCGCCGCGUCUGCCGUCAUACACAAAAUUCCCAUUGGCGGCUCCGAUUCCUAGAUCCGCUGCAUUCUCCGGCGGGUCACCGCGUCCUCCACCCCUGCUUCUGCCUCCGCCAUCAUCGCCUCUAGGAGCCCCUUGGCGGGUGCUGGUUGGAAUAUGGCAACACCAAUUUCGCACCAUAACUUGCAACUGAGGGUGGUAAAAAACCCACAUUUCAAGAGAAGUUUGUGUUCACGCUCGUUGAAGGGCAUAGGUAGUUGAAUCUUGCGGUGUGGAACGGCAAUAUCCUCACUUUGGGCAUCUGAAGUAAUGGAGUCUUUACAAUUUCCCAAGGGUGUGGGACGGGUGUUGUUCAGAAUCCUACAUACUGCCAGGUAAACUUCGGUUCCUAAGCAUCCUUUUGUGGGUCAUGGUAAGCUGAACUAAUGUGGGAUUUCCAAAUUGUUGGAAAUCAUGUCACCCAUGCAUGUGCUAUUGGAGCACUCAUCUGAGUAUUUUAGUAUACUGUGGUACUAGUGAGUACUAUGAUUAGAAGGACGAAUUAGAUUUGUGCUAUGUUUUGUUCUCAGAUGGCUUAUGUACAAAAAAGAGUUCGACACGAGCCAUGUGGAAUUCGUGAGAGA